UACACCAUCAUUUCUUGGCCUAAAAACCAUAUUAUAACACCCAAAAUUUCCUACUAUAGUAUUUUAGGUAAAGAUUUUAAGAAAUCUUUUAGUAGAAAAUUAUAGUUUUUCAAAUUCUCCCACUACUCUUGGCUCCAAAGACUUUUGGCCCCCUUUUGACCCUAAAUUUUUAAACAACAAAAUUCAAUCUCUUCUUUUAUAUAAUACAUCUUUUCUUAAACCAUUCUUGUACUUAAAAACUCCAAAUCUCACAAAAACACACACUUGAGAAUAUGGCACCUGAAUUUCAAAAGAACGCUAUGUAUGUCUCGAAUGAACUCGAAAGUGGAGACGUUCAGAAAAACUUCGAUGAUGAUGGACGUGAAAAAAGAACAGGGACUUUGUUGACUGCGAGUGCACAUAUUAUUACUGCUGUGAUUGGUUCAGGAGUACUUUCACUAGCAUGGGCUAUAGCUCAAUUAGGAUGGGUGGCUGGUCCUGCUGUUCUCUUAGCUUUUUCUUUCAUCACAUAUUUCACUUCUACACUUCUUGCUGACUCUUACCGGUCUCCGGGACCGAUUUCCGGCAAGAGAAACUAUACUUACAUGGACGUUGUCCGCUCUCACUUAGGAGGUGUGAAGGUGACAUUGUGUGGAAUUGCACAAUAUGCUAACCUUGUUGGAGUAACAAUUGGAUAUACAAUUACAGCAUCUAUUAGUAUGGUGGCUGUAAGGAGGUCAAAUUGUUUUCACAAAAAUGGGCAUGAAGCAAGUUGCUCAAUUGGAAGCUACCCAUACAUGAUAAUAUUUGCAGUAAUUCAAAUAGUUCUUAGCCAAAUUCCAAAUUUCCACAAGCUCUCAUGGUUAUCAAUUCUUGCUGCUGUUAUGUCUUUUACUUAUGCUUCUAUUGGUCUUGGACUAUCCAUAGCCAAAGUCGCAGGUGUGGGGCACCAUGUGAAGACAACCCUAACAGGGGUGGUAGUAGGUGUGGAUGUAUCUGGAACAGAAAAAGUAUGGAGAAGUUUCCAAGCUAUUGGAGAUAUUGCAUUUGCUUAUGCUUAUUCCACGGUUCUUAUUGAAAUACAGGACACACUGAAAUCAUCACCACCAGAAAGCAAGGUAAUGAAAAGAGCCUCACUAGCUGGAGUUUCCACCACAACCUUAUUCUAUGUACUUUGUGGUACCAUUGGCUAUGCAGCCUUUGGAAACGAUGCUCCAGGAAAUUUUCUUACUGGAUUUGGUUUCUAUGAACCUUUUUGGCUAAUUGACUUUGCCAACGUCUGCAUCGCUGUCCACCUUAUCGGAGCUUAUCAGGUUUUCUGCCAACCAUUAUAUGGAUUUGUGGAGGCUCGUUGCAGCGAACGCUGGCCAGACAGCAAAUUCAUCACCUCAGAAUACGCGAUGCAAGUUCCAUGCUGUGGAACUUACAACCUCAACUUGUUCAGGUUGGUUUGGAGAACAACCUAUGUUAUAGUGACAGCGGUGAUUGCGAUGAUAUUCCCCUUCUUCAACGACUUCUUGGGGCUGAUCGGAGCAGCAUCGUUCUAUCCAUUAACCGUUUAUUUCCCAAUAGAGAUGCACAUUGCUCAGAGAAAGAUACCAAAGUAUUCUUUCACAUGGGUAUGGCUGAAAAUAUUGAGCUGGACUUGUUUGAUCGUAUCACUUGUGGCAGCUGCUGGAUCGAUCCAGGGACUUGCAACUGAUGUUAAGGGUUACAAGCCUUUCUCAACUCAUCAAUAAGUUUUAAAAACUGUUCAAAUUAUUGAAUAUGUAAUCUUAUCAAUAACAAGGGUAAUGCAAGCUGAAAUGGGGCUCUAUGUUAUUAUUUUUAUACAGUAUGCUUCUUUUACAUG